GACUACACACAACGCUACCAUGGGCACCUACAUUCUGUGUGCUUCUUAUAUUAUGGUGUACGCACUAAUUCCCAUGCCACUUUUCCAGGCGAUGCCAAUGUUGUCAGAAAGUGGAAAACAGCAAGCACCAACUGAAGGCAGACAACCGGAAUUAAAAUUAUCUACAGUAGCUUCUAAACAGCAUACAUAUCAACAAACGCUAAGUCAACAACCGGAAGUGCUUGUCUCAAAGAUACACAAAGAAAAUCCAAGACCCUUAACUCCGGAGAAGUUUACAUUAACAGAUAAUAAACAACCAAAUGUUUCUAAACAAACAAAACAGGAGAUUUCUCAAGACGAUCGGAAUAUAAAAAUACUUCCACCAACAGGAAAGAACAACACGGAAGUGCUUGAGAAUUUAGAAUCACUCAAACUUAUGAAGUCAGGCAGAGGCCCCCAAAUGGCGAAUUCUGGGCAGUUUCGCCCGCGUGAUACUAAAAUAAAUAAACUUAUAAACGGCAGUUUAAAGCAGGCAAAACGAGGAAGAAAAUACUUGUAUAAAGUUGACCCGACGACUUUCGCCCGUUGGCAUGUUGGAAACAAGUCGGCCAUCUUUGAAAGAAGUUUGCUAAACACCACCAGGAAGGACUGCUCGCUAGGCUUCGUUAGGAAAGGUGACCGGUGCUACUCGUACUUUGAUGUACUCACCACGAACGAUGAUUGUGUGUCGCUUUGUAGUAUAUUCUUGGGGACGAUUGUACUGCCCACGUCAGAUGCCACCAAGGACUACAUCCACGGUCAGAUGAUCAACUCUUUAACGACGCAGAACCUGACGAAAAUUUACCCUUACUGGCUGGGCAUGGUGUACACAACUAGAGCCAACGGUUGGCGCAUCUUGGGGUCCUCACCCGUACAGGUGAACUACUUCAACUGGGCAGCAGGUGAGCCCAAUACACCUGCGCCAAACGACUGUGCCGCUGUCGGGACUUCCGAUGCCUACUGGAGGGUCUACAAAUGUGACAACUACGGUUACUGCGCCUGCGACUCGGGUUUACAUGAUCUUCAGAAUGUGACCCCCAACGGUUAGACCCGCAGGCUAGACCCGCAGGUUAG